UCCAAUGCUGCGCUUUCAUUGGUCAGAACACAAAUAAACCGUCAGCAAUCACUCCUGAACUCGAUGCUUAUUGGUCGAGUCUAUUUCCCCUUAGUAUCAUGCAAGUCCAGCCCCAAGCAAGUGAACGUCCAGUACUUUAGCCGCAGCGCCAUUCACGAACACUUUACGUCAUCCGAUAGCGUAAACCGAACUCAUUAGCUCUUUAACUACGUAUCUUUCGUAGGCAGUUUACCUUUGGCAGCAGGUGAGGUCAAAUGCAGAGGAAAAGAGCGGAAGAGCUUCGUUGAGACAGGUGGGGAGGAUAUUUUACGUGUUUACCAGAAAGAAAACAAAUGGAAAACAGCGAAACGGCGCUGGCGGAAAGCCUAAUAAUAUGGCUGCAGACAUUCAACACUACAGCUCCUUGCAGAACAAUGGAGGAGCUCGCCACAGGAGCAGCAAUGUCACAGGCACUUCAUCAGAUAGAUCCCACGUGGUUCAAUGAAGCAUGGAUGGGUCGUAUCAAAACAGAUGUUGAGGACAACUGGAGACUGAAGAUGAGCAAUCUGAAGAAGAUCCUUCAGAAGGUGGUUGACUAUUAUAAUGAGGUUUUAUCUCAGGACAUUUCAUACUUCCCUUUGCCGGACGUGUCACUGGUGGCAGAGCACUCUGAGCCUGUGGAGAUGGGAAGGCUGCUGCAGCUCAUACUGGGCUGUGCAGUCAGAUGUGAGCAACACCAAGAAUACAUUCAGAUAAUCAUGACCAUGGAGGAGUCUGUGCAGCAUGUAGUCAUGAAAGCCAUCCAGGAGCUGAUGAAAAAAGAUCACUCAGCAGCAUUAGGAACCGAGCUGUCAGGGGAUCCAGAACAGCAGGUGAAAAAACUCCUUGAGGACCUUUCUGAAGCCGUGUCAGAAAAGGAAGCCUUAACCCAACGCUGUCAAGAACUGGACUUACAGGUGGCCGUUCUUCUAGAGGAACGAAACAGCCUCUUGGCGGAGAACGACGUCCUAACAGACCGAGCCAGCCAACUGGAAACAUUUGAAGAUCCAAGCACACCAUCAGGCAGGAAACACAGUCAGCUGCAGCAGCAACUGGAGACUCUGCAGGAGGAGAACUUCAGGCUGGAGGCUGCCAAGGAUGACUACCGGAUCCACUGUGAGGAGCUGGAGAAGCAGCUGGUUGAACUUCAGCAUCGUAAUGAUGAGCUUACCAGUCUGGCAGAGGAAUCGCGGGCUCUCAAAGAUGAACUGGAUGUUCUCAGGAACUGCUCUGAUAGGGUGGUGGUGCUGGAGGCAUCAGUGGAAACCUACAAGCGUAAACUGGAGAAUCUUGGUGAUCUAAAGAGGCAGGUGAAGCUGUUGGAGGAGAAUAACAUGACCUACAUGCAGAACAGUGUCACUCUGGAGGAGGAGCUGCGCAAAGCAAACGCUGCCCGCGCACAGCUGGAGUCCUACAAAAGACAAGUCCAGGACCUCCAAAAUAAAUUGUCUGAGGAGACCAGGCGAGCAAACAACAUGACGUUUGAGAUGAGAAAGUUGGAAGAAAAACAUGAGACUGUGUUGAAAGAAAAAGAGCGGAUCAUCAUUGAGCGAGAUUCUCUGAAGGAAGUCAACGAGGAGCUGCGAUGCACUCAGGCUCAACAGCACCAGCUCUCACAGUCAGGGAUCCUUCCCUCUGGCAGCCCCAGCCAUGAAAACCUGGCAGCUGAGUUAAUUCCCAUUGAAUUCAGAGAAAAGUUCAUUAGACUGCAGCAUGAGAACAAGAUGCUGAGAGUGCAGCAGGUGGAACAUGAACAGGAGAAGAUUACCACCCUGCAGAUGCAGCUGGAGGAUGCUGAAAAGAAACAUAGUAAACUGGACACAGAGAACAGAUUGAGCCGAGAGCGAAUCACUGAGCUGCAGCAGCAGGUGGAAGACCUCCAGAAGGCUCUGCAGAGUCAGGCUGCCAAACCAGAUGAUUCAAAUCUAAAGAGGAAACUGGAUGCCCACAUGUCCCAGCUGAACGAGGCUCAGGAUGAAAUCAUGAAGAAUAAAGAACUUCUGGAGGAUCUUCAGCCUGACAACACCCAGACAUCUUUGAAGGUGGAUGAGCUGAUGGCUGCUUUGAAGAAGAAGGAGGAUGACAUGCGAGCCAUGGAAGAGAGAUACAAGAUGUAUCUCGAGAAGGCUCGCAAUGUAAUACGAGCCUUGGACCCCAAACUGAAUCCGGCCACCGCUGAGAUCCAGGCUCUUAGAAACCAGCUGGCAGAUAGGGACAAACAGAUGCUCAAUCUUGAACGUCAAUGUGAGCAGGCCAAGCUAAGGGAGUAUGAGGAGAAGCUGAUUGUCACGGCUUGGUAUAACAAGAGUUUGAGCUUUCAGAAGUUGGCCAUGGAGUCUCGUCUCGGAGGCCGCACCGGCUCCCUGUUCUCGCCCGGCCAGUCCUUCCUGACGCAGCAGCGGCAGGUCUCCAACGCCCCACGCAGGGCUGCUUCUAUCAGCGUGCCCGCCACUACCUCCAGCUAGACUGCGUCACGGCGCCACAGCAUCUCACAUCAGUUAAACAUGGGGCAAAAAUACACAACAGCGUGUGAGCACUCAAGUGACCUUAAACACAGCCUUUGAGGAGGGUCAGGCUGCGUUGGAUCAGUGAGCACUUAUCCGACAGGUCACCCGUCUGAGGUUAAAGCAGAGGAUGUUUUUUUAAGUAGUGAGGUUAUAACCCGCUGUACAUUAACCCCCCACCACCCCUAGUCCACCUCACAAGCCAAAGCCAGUUGUAGAUUUGCAUCGACUAUCUUCUCUGCUCUGUGAUUUUUGCUUUUCCUCCUUCAUAUUUAGCUUUUAGAACCUGUUUAAACUCCGGCUUGUAUCCUGCUAUACCGAGAAGUGAAAGAGGGAAAAAAUCCUAGUAGAAAUUAUAAAGCCUGCUAUUUUAGUUCCAGUUUUGCUUUAAAGAGUUAUUUAGAGGCUGAAGCCAAUCAGAUUUAAUGAUUGUAAAAAAAAAUAUUUAAGACAUGUAUGAUCAAAGCGCUGAAAGGUGUGCUGUUAUCCAGCAGAACGACUAGUGUUGAUCCAGCCAUAUCUGGUGCAGGCCACCAAGAACAAGAGGCUCGUCCAGUUUUUUUGUUUGGCCUAAAAGUUUCGAAAUAAAUUAAGUCAUAUUAACUCUUAUCGACCCUUGAGGUGCUGCAAUAACAGUAAUUGUAGAAAAUAAAUGUUGGAAGAGUCCGUUAUCUUUUGUAUAUGCUCUAAAUGAGAACUGGCAGGCCUUUUUGUUUAUUGUACAUCUUGAUUCUAAGUCAAUUAUAUUAUUGAUGCAGAAAUGAAUGAUUCAACACCAGCUUUUCAUCCAACAAUCACAACCGGGUCGAAUGCUUUUACAGCGUCUGCAAAUUGUAACUCCAAACAUUGUAAAAAAUUCAGUCCAAGUUUUCUUUUAAGAUGUUGAUUACAGAAAAAAAAAACAUUUUGAAAAGCAGUUCUUGUUUCACAGUAAAGGUUGUUUGUCUGACACCAAUUGAAUAUACAUGACCUCAUAAGAGUAUUUAUUGAGAUUUUCACGUUUGGUCACGUAGCAACCACAAACACAAGCAGACUUUAUUGUGACAUUUUGUGAUGGACCAUCAUAUAGUAGCACCUUGUGUUAUUGGAAGGAACAUGGUACACUAUUUUCAAAAAGCUUUACAAAUAUCUGAAUAGUGUGGAGUGCAUAUGUAUGCAGUCCUCACUCAGUAAUCUGUAGAACCAUGUCUCACUGUGAUUUCAGCUUCUUAUCUGGUGGAGUCUCUACCGUUUUUGGUCUUCUAGAAACCCAUUUUGCCCAAUCUUUUCAAAAGGACACCAGUUCUUGAAUUGAUCAUGAGUUGUACUUUAACUGAGCCAUUCUAAGACUUGAAUAUGCAUUGAUCUAAACCAUCUGAUUGUAUAUUUAGGUUUGUUGUCGUGCUGAAAGGUGAACCGCCUCCUCUGUCUAUAGUCCUUCCCCACCUCUAACAGGUUGGGCAGGGUAAAGCAGAGUCAAUAUGAAGGCUUGCCUCACUUUUCAAAUGUUGAUUUAAAAAAAA